UUCCUUAAGGUCAAUUGUGGAAGAGAUUCUCGAUAUACAUGACUUGGAACAAGAUUUGCGUAUGGCGGCAAGGUUGUGGAGUCUAUGAAAGUUGCUAGCCACAACUUGCCUUCUUCGUCUAGUUCCUGGUCUCUACCUCCGGUAGGGCGACUGAAGUGUAAUGUGGAUGCUACUAUUAUGGCGAAUGGUAUGGGGUUUGGUGCUGUGAUCCGGGAUCAUUCAGGUAGCUUUGUAGCAGCAUAUGAUGGUCUCUUACGUAGCAAACUUGAUCCUUAUAUGGCAGAGACAUUGGCUAUCAAGGAAGCCCUGACUUGCCUUAAACAGCGCCAUAUGUCACAUAUAAUUCUUGAGACGGAUUGUUUAAACUUCUGCACCAACUAUAAUUCUGAGUCUGUAGAUUUAUCAUAUGUUGGAUUAUUAUUAAAGCAUGGUAAGGUUCUUGCUAGGGAUAUUGUCGACGUUGUUGUCUGCCAUGUCCAAAGAUCAGCAAACCAUAUGGUUCACGCACUGAUGAGGGCAACUGUUUCAUCAUCUGUCCUUGGUGUGUGGGACAUUAUCCCACCUGAUUGUAUUUCGGGUUUGUUAUAA